CUCAUCUAAUCCUUUCAUUGAUGUAACAUGGGGAAGGGUUUCUACAUCAGUAAAACUUUUGGGAUAGUAGGGAUUGUGUUAGCCGCUGGAGCGCUAGCCACAAUCACAGCUCUCCCGGUGGUCUACUCCCAAGAAAAGUCCAAGAACAAUGAGGGUAAAUUCACAGAUCCAACAAUGGCACCAUCCAAUGAACCAUGGGACCAGUGGCGCCUUCCACAGACUCUUAGUCCACAAACCUACAAUGUCACUCUGUGGCCACGGCUCCAGCCGGAUGCAACUGGACUCUACAUCUUCACAGGGCUGUCCAGCGUGGUCUUCAGAUGUGUGGAAAAGACAAACCUCAUCCUCAUUCACUCUAACAAGCUGAACAUGACAAAGCAUCCCACCUUGCUUGGACUUGGAAGCAAACCAGCUCCUACCAUUGAAUCAAUUGUGAUGCACACAAAAACACAGUAUAUGGCGAUUCAUCUGAAAGAAGAAUUAACUGCUGGGGAAAGCUACGAGCUCUACACAGAAUUUUUAGGAGAGCUUUCGGAUGACUUGGGAGGCUUCUACCGAAGUGAAUACUAUGAGAAUGGAGUAAAAAAAGUGGUCGCCACAACUCAGAUGCAGGCAACAGAUGCCAGGAAGGCAUUCCCUUGCUUUGAUGAACCUGCAAUGAAAGCGAUAUUCCACAUUACUCUUUACCAUGAUCCAGCAACCGUAGCCCUCUCCAAUAGUGUUGUGAAAGACGAGGUUAACGUCACCGUGGAUGACACUCUUGUAACCAGAACAACAUUUGCACCGACAGAAGUGAUGUCGACAUAUUUGUUGGCAUUUAUUGUCAGUGAUUUCGUCUUCAUUGAACAAAACAUGGACAAUCUGCAGAUCAGAAUUUUUGCCCGUCAAGAAGCCAUAAAUGCAGGACAAGGGGAGUAUGCGCUCAGUGUGACUGGACCAAUUCUCAAAUUGUUCGAGAAGUAUUACAAUGUCCCCUAUCCACUGCCCAAAUCAGAUCAAAUUGCUCUGCCAGACUUCAACACUGGUGCAAUGGAAAACUGGGGCUUAAUCACAUACAGAGAGACGGCCCUGCUGUACGAUGAAGAAAUAUCCUCAAAUGAAAACAAAGAGAGAAUCAUUACUGUUAUCUCCCAUGAACUUGCUCAUCAGUGGUUUGGAAACCUUGUGACUGUCAGGUGGUGGAAUGAUCUGUGGCUCAAUGAAGGUUUUGCAACUUAUGUAGAAUAUCUUGGGGCAGAUGAAGCUGAGCCGGAUUGGAACAUUAAAGAUUUGAUCGUUCUGAAUGAUGUGCACAAAGUUUUUGCAAUAGAUGCACUGGCCUCGUCUCACCCUCUGCUGUCUAAAGAAGAGGAGAUCCAAAGACCAGAGCAAAUUAGUGAAAUGUUUGAUAUGAUUUCUUACAGUAAGGGGGCAUCUGUACUUAGGAUGUUAUCUGACUUCCUGACUGAGAAAGUGUUUACUCAAGGUCUCCAGACUUAUCUGGAUCAUUUCAAAUUCAGCAACACGGUAUACACAGACCUUUGGGAGCAUCUUCAAAAGGCUGUGGACAGCAGUGGUACCACUCUUCCCAGAUCUGUGCAAGCGAUUAUGGACAGAUGGGUUCUUCAAAUGGGCUUUCCUGUGGUCACUAUUAACACUGCAACUGGCCAGAUUACACAAGAGCACUUCCUCCUGGACCCUGACACUAAACCAGACAGGCCAUCAGAAUUUAAUUAUGAGUGGUUUGUACCAAUUUCAUGGACAAAAAAAGAAACUGAACAAAAUAUACACUGGCUUCUACAGAAAACUGACUUAUCGGAUCAGAUGAAAACCAGUGGUGAUGAGUGGGUUCUGGCCAACAUUAAUGUGACAGGAUACUACAGGGUUAACUAUGAUAAUGAAAACUGGCAACGCCUACUUACUGUUCUCAAGACAUCAAGACAGAGCAUUCCAGUUAUUAACCGGGAACAGAUAAUUGACGAUGCAUUUAACCUGGCCAAAGCGGGAAUUAUUGAAACAACGUUGGCUCUAAGAACCACACUGUUCCUCGACUCUGAAACGGAGUACAUGCCGUGGGAGUCUGCUCUUGAUAACCUGGACUACUUUUACCUCAUGUUUGAUCGCACAGAGGUGUACGGCCCCAUGCAAAAAUACAUUGGAAAUCAAGUGAAAUAUUUGUUUGAAUACUUCACAACGCUUACAAAUUGGGAGGAUGUGCCUCCAGGACAUACUGACCAAUAUAAUCAAGUUAAUGCACUCAGAGUUGCUUGCAGCACUGGUCUUGAAGCCUGUACCACUCUCGUAAAAACAUGGUUCCAACAGUGGAUGGAAAAUCCAAAUGUCAACCCUAUUAAGGCCAACUUGAGGUCUGCAGUGUACUGCAGUGCCAUUGCUGCAGGUGGUGAGAAGGAGUGGAACUUUGCUUGGGAGAUGUUUGAAAAAGCCACUGUUGCUUCAGAAAAAGAUAAACUGAGAGCUGCAUUGGCAUGUGCCACCGAGCCUUGGUUACUGAACAGGUAUCUCAAAUACACUUUGGAUCCAGAAAAAAUUCGGAAACAAGAUGCCACCUCUACCAUCGUCAGCAUUGCAAGCAAUGUGGUCGGCCAACCAUUGGCCUGGGAUUUUGUUAGAGCCAACUGGGAGUACAUUUUCAAUGAGUAUGGUGGUAAAUCUUACAUAUUCCCCAAUCUGAUCAGUGGGGUCACAAACCGAUUCUCAACUCCAUUUGAAUUGGAACAGCUGAUACAGUUCCGGGAUGACUACGCUCACAUAGGUUUUGGUUCCGGAACCUUAGCCAUUCAGCAAUCCAUCGAGAGGACUACCGCCAACAUCAAAUGGGUCGAGAAAAACCAACAAGCAGUCUUAGAGUGGUUUAGAAAUCCAUCGUAACUAAAAAAUAAGCACAUACUGUAGUUUGUUUGCUCUGAGGAGGAGAGGAGCACUGGGAUAUUUUUUAGCUUGGGCCUACAGUAGAUGAGCAUUAAAGGAAAUGAUUAUUUAUAAUUGAUGAUGUUCUAAAUCUCAAUAUUUUCCAGAGCUGCUUUCUUUAUAUGAGGAUGUAUGUAACAUGCAAAUAUCUAUAUAUAUUUAAGGUGUGCCUUGGUAUAAUUGUCUGUAUUCCCUUUAAAUUGUUUUUAUGAAAAAAAUUAAUUGUAAAAUUAUAAAACACCUUUGCAGAGUGAAACAGAAUAGAAUAUGCAAAUAGUACAGAAAUCUUUGUCAUUUAUUAUUUGGAUAUUUGAAAUUAAAAACCUCAAUACAUUAAUUAAUUUGUAUUUUUUUUACACAAUUUUCAACUUUUGUUCUAUUCUGCGGUAUUGUAGAGAUGGUAAACAUAAACAAUUACUAUUAUUAUAUACUAUUAAACCAUUAUUUUUAUAUUGUGAAUUUGUAUCUUUAAUUAAAUGUUUUCAUGUGAACAUUGUUGUCAUAAUCAGAAUGUCAUAUCAGACAUGACAUGACAAAUGACUCGCGGUUCAGUGUGGAAGUCAGUUCUCGAAUCUGUAACAGCCCUAAAUGAUUGACAGACUGAGAUGAACUUCUACCUCUCAUGUGAAUUUAAGGGUGUUUCGUGAAACUUAUAUACUAAUAGCUUAUAAAAAGGAACCCAUUUAUAAGAGUCAUUUGUUAGCUAAUCAUAAGGUGAUGAUAUCUGAUUAAUACCUCACAAAGUUUUCCAGAUGGUUGCCAACAGCGAUUUACUGUCAGCAUUUUUUUUAGAAUUUCAAUCUUGGUCUGGAACACAAAUUAGUGUUCAUUAGUGAACAUUAAAAUUAGUGAUGAUUUCAUAGCUGUGAUGCAGACAUGUUUUUCUGAUCAGGUAUUUAAAAAAAAAAAAAACCUUUUUAGGUUAUCAGAUUCUUUUACUGGCUUGUCUCAGUGUUAAUGUACUGUAUAAGUCGUUAUACCCUUUGGAGGAGAAAAUAAAUUUGAUUGCAAUGUGAG